AUGAAGCUCUCUCUUGUUGCUCUUUCCUCGGUCCUCGCCCUGGUCGCUGCCCAGGAGUCGUCCAGCACCACUUCUAGCCCCCCUGCCACCACCAGCUUGUCUGCUGCUCAGCAAUGCGUUCUCGAUUGCCCCGACGACGACAUUUGCUGCAAGGCCGAAUGUGUUGGGGUUCCUUGCCCCAGCGACGAGCAGGCUAACGACACCAACGACUGUGUUGCCGAGUGCGACCAGGGUGAUGGCUCUGAGGCUGACAUUGCGGCCUAUGCUCAGUGCCAGGCCCGCUGCUACACCACUCACUUCUUCCCUGCCACCGCCACCGGUGGUGCAGGCGCCUCCAGCACCAGCAGUGGCUCCUCCGCUACCACGACCGGCAGCUCGUCUGACAACUCUGAUGACUCCAACGACUCCAACUCGGAUGACUCUAACUCUGACUCCGAGUCUUCUUCCUCUUCCGAUUCCGAGUCUCCCAGCUCGACCUCCGACGCUGAAGACCCAGAGGACACCAACGCUGCCUCCCUCGCUCAGAUCAAACUCGGCGCCUCUGCCGCUGGUCUGGCCGGCUUCCUUCUGGUUGCCUGGGCUCUGUAAGCGGUGGAAACCAGUGAAUGAAGGCGCGCUCGUGAUGUGAAUCUUCGGGCGCGUCCGUACGAGGGUCA